AUGGAUACAAACGCUUUGCAUACUUGUCUUGAGGCAACCCUUCAAGCAGAUGCCAAUAUUAGAAUGCAAGCUGAGCUUGACCUUAAGGCAGCUGAAAAGACACCUGGCUUCAUUAAUGCUUGUUUGGAUAUUGUCAUUGAACCAAGAGUUUCAGAUCCAGUGAAGUCAGCAGCUGCUGUUUACUUGAAAAACAAAAUCACCAAAGGAUGGACUCCGAUAAAUCCAAAAGAUGCUUUUAUUGAUGAAGAUGAAAAGCCUGUUUUUAGAGAUCGUAUUGUUCCCGCAUUAAUCAAAAGUGUUCCUCCUUCUCGUCAGGUUCUUGUUAAAGUUUUAAAUAUUAUAGUGGCUAGAGAUUUCCCCAAAAAAUGGCCUAAUCUUGUCAAUGUAACUUUAAAUCUUUUUCAGUCCAAUGAUGUUGAAACCAUUAGAGUGGGUCUCAUUUGUCUAUUAGAGAUUUGCAAGUAUUAUAGAUGGACUCGUGACGAGCAACAGGAAUUCGAUGCUGUAAUUGAAGCAACUUUUGAUGGUGUCUUAGGCAUUGGUAAUUCCUUGGUCAAUGAAAACAGUGCUGCAGCAGGAGAUAUGCUUCGUCAUGUCCUUAAAAUUUACAAGUGCGCCAUUCAGCAAGUUUUACCUGAGAGAUUACAAAAACCCGAAAACCUCGCAAACUGGGGUAAUCUUAUGCUUUCUGUUAUUAGAAAACCACUCCCUGAAGAAGUUAUGAAGCUUAGCGAGGAAGAUCGUGAGUUAAACUCUUGGGUCAAGUGCAAAAAAUGGGCAUUUGCCAAUUUGUACCGUCUGUUUUACAAAUAUGCAGCUCCUAGAAAGGUUGGUAGUCAACCCGGAAAGUACGCUGACUUUUCUAAUAUUUUCAUUUCCAAUUAUGUUCCCGAAAUUAUUAAGGCUUAUUUUGAGCAAAUUGAACUUUGGAUCAAAAAGGAUAUCUGGCUUGGAAAUGCUUCGAUUUAUAACAUUCUUGCAUUUUUGGAAGAAUGCAUUAGCUACAAGGAAACUUGGGUUCUGUUGAAGCCUCAUACUGAAAUCAUUGUCUCUCAUGUGGUUUUCCCACUUCUUUGCACCACCGACAAUGACAUUGAUAUUUUUGAGAAUGAUCCUAACGAAUACAUUCACAAGAACAUUGAUGUUUAUGAAGAGAGCCACACUCCUGAUAUUGCUGCCACUAAUUUCUUAGUGACAUUAAUUCGCAAGAGAUCACGUCAUACACUUAAUCCUCUUCUUACUUUUGUUCAGGGUGUUGUUACUGCUCAUCAGUCGAAUCCCGCUGAUCUUGAGUUAGCUCGUCAACAAGAGGCAGCUUUACGCAUUAUGGGCUCUAUUGCUCAUUUUGUUCUUUCUAAGAAGAGCCCUAUCGCAGAUAAAAUGGAAUCAUUCAUUGCUCAGUAUGUUUUCCCUGAUUUUAACAGUCCUCAUGGGUUUUUAAGAGCACGUGCAUGCGAAUUUUUAAAUCAUUACGCCGAUGUUAAGUUUGAAAGCGUCGAUAAUGUUUCAAUUGCAUACCAGUCAGUUUUGAGUUGUAUGGAAGAUAAAUAUCUCCCAGUCCAAGUUGAAGCUGCUCUCGCUCUUCAGCCAAUGGUCACAAUUGAAGGUGUACAUGCCUCUUUAUCCUCUAGAAUUCCUGAAGUCAUGACUCGUCUUUUGGAUCUUACUAGCAGGGUUGACAUUGACGCCAUUUCUGGUGUUAUUGGAGAGUUUGUUGAAGUCUUUUCUGAACAGCUUACUCCAUUUGCCGUUGAUCUUGCUACCCGAAUGCGUGAUCAACUUUUAAGACUUUUGGGCGAAUUGGUUGAACAGCAAAAUAUGGACUUUGAAAAUAUUGACUAUGAUGACGCAGCCAAUGAAGACAAGACCAUGACUGCAUUAGGUCUACUAAACACCAUGUCUACUCUUCUUCUGGCUUUGGAUAAUGCUCGUAACGUUGUUAUUGAGCUUGAAAAUAUUUUGAAGCCUGUCAUUGAAGUCAUUUUCUCUCAAAAACUUUCCGAAUUUUAUGCUGAUGUUUUUGGUUUGAUUGAAAAUUGCACAUAUUGUUUGAAAUCAAUUUCCCCUACAAUGUGGGAGCUUUUUGUUCAGAUGCAUAGCGUUUUUAAAGAUGAUGCUAUUGAUUACUUGAGCGAGAUAUUCCCUAGCAUUGACAACUAUUUACAGUAUGGAUCUGAAGAGAUUGGGAACAAUGACCGCCUUAAGGAUAUUCUUUUCGAUAUCUUUAGUACUGUUAUGUCUGAGAACGACAGAUUGGGUGUUGAAGAUCGCAUUAUUGCUUCAUCUAUCGCUCAAAAGAUGCUUUUAAGCUUGUACGGCCAUAUUGAUGCGUUUGUGCCUCAAAUUCUGGAAAGCAUUACUUAUCACCUCACAAACAAUGUUGAAAAGCUUAAAAACCGUCGAUACCUUGUCAGUCUUUUGGAGGUAAUCCUUGCUUCCAUUUGCUAUAACCCUCAAGAUACUCUUAAAUUUUUAGAAUCUAAGAACCUGACACAAGACUUCUUUACCCAAUGGUUUGAGAAGAUGGAAUCAUUUUCACGUGUUUACGAUCUUAAGCUUGUUAUCUUAGCUAUGCUCGGUCUUUUCCGUGUUCCUGAUAGCGAACUUCCUGAGUCUAUCCGCAAUAACCUUGGUCAAAUUUCAAAGGGUUUGGUUAGUGUUCUUAAGAAGUUCCCCGAGGCUGUUAAGAAUAAGGAAGACAUGGAAAAGGACUUUAAUGCCAACGGCAAUUUUGAUGGGGAAGACUUUUACGAACAAUGGGACGAAGGCGAAGAUGAAGAUGAAGUGGAUGAUGAUGGUGAUAGACAGGCCACUACUGACUAUCUUGAAUUUUUAGAAUCUCAAGUUCCUGGCACAGGUAUUGGAUUUAUUGAAGGAGAUGAGUUGGAAGAAGAACCUUUGACGGAAACUGUUCUUGAUAAGAUGGAGCCUAAUGUUGUUGUUCGUGACGCAUUCAUUACUAUUAAAACCAACGAUCCUGCUCGUUACAAUGUUUUAACUGGUGGUUACACUCCUGAAGAAGCCCAAAUCUUUGAGCAGUGUGUUUCUUCUGCAUAA